GCUCACUCUGCUGCUGGUCUUUGUCAGUUGUUUGCAGUCUAGUCAUGGUGUUCUACGUGCUUAUAGAAUGGGAUGUGGAUAAAUCCCUCUCCGUUAUUCCUCUGUCAAAAUUGCUGUCGAGGAACGCGGAGAUGGUUACCCAGAAGUGGGGCGCCCGUGUUUACAGCGGGACGAUACUGCAGGAAAGCGGUAAGUGUAUCACUUUCUGUUUGUACGCUAGGAAAAUGCCGCCGAUGUGCGUUUUAUUGCUGCAGUAGUAGCCUGCCACGUAAACUUGUUUACUUUUGCAGAAAUACGAGCUAUGCGAUCGACCGUCGGUGGCUAGCAGCUGCCUACGCGCGAGCUUGUAAGCAUUGCCCGCGCAGCUCGUAAACCUGCUAUUGGAGUAUUAUAAUAGUGUGUGGCAGUAGUUAUAUGACACAAUUCAGUGACAUUUCCCUUACCUGUUACAAUGUACUUCCAUGCAGUCUUCUCGGUAAUUUAUUUUUGCUUUCCCAACACUGUAUUCAGUGUUUAUUGCCAAUACUGGCAACCUCGCACAGUUGACCAACCCUGUGCCAUCAGAAGGGUUAGGGGUUGACAGGUAACUACCAGGUCACUGUGGUGAGGUUGCCAUUGUUGGCAAUGACCACUGGUGGUUAUGAGGAAGAUUGCGGAGACCUGGUUUUUGUCUGGAAGUUAGCUCAGUGCUUUAGGCGCGACACUUCCAGUAUCUUGGCCAGAGCUCGACUCUCAACAAAAGUUGAUCUUCUCCUUCUCCCUCUCCUCUCCUGUCUGAGACAACUUGGCCCAAAACAGGAUAAGAAGAAACUAGAAAAGGAGCUGAGCAGUAUCAUCAAGCGCGAGAAGAAGGGGAAGAGUACUAAGAAGGAGACGAAGAAGAAGACAACAAAGAAAACGAAGAAAGCAAGAGUACAGAAGGAGGCUGAGUGGAUGUUUGUGAGCUCUGAUGGAUACUAUUUCGCCUACCUCGAGUGUGUGCCGGAGCAGGGUCUGGUGGUGUGAGAGACAGAAGUGCCGAGAGUAUCCAUACUCUUCAAGCUCCGAUGCACCUACCGCGCGUGUGUACUAGCUUGGGCAGGGUCUCGGUGGAUCCCUUCAGGGUUUGUACAUAGAUAUAUAUCUAUGGUUUGUACUAGAUAUGCACGCUGGCCAUGCAUUGAUAUUGGUGCAUGAAGCUGUCUGACAUUAGGCCGUCGGGCUUUGUGGCCGUUCGGCUAUCAGUCUGGCGUAAGUUCGUUGGAUUUUGUGGUUAGGUGAGCGUUCAGUAUGGCACCAAAUUUGCCCUUCAAAUAUCUUGGGUGUGUUCCAUAGUGGGUAGGAGGGAACUCUUGUACAUUUUAAAGAAGGGUUGUGUUGUGUGUCUGUGCAAACAUGGUACUGUAUGUGUGUCUAUGUGUUAUGUC